AUGAACAUGCAUGGAGCGAAAAGGGUUACCAUUCUAUUAUCCACAACUACUAUGCUCAAGCUUAUUGAUGGCACAUCCUCGGUUGAUUGCACAGAAUACAGAAGUGUUAUUGGUGCCAUGCAAUAUUUAUCUCUCACACGUCCUGACAUUUCUUUUGCAGUGAAUAAGUUGUCCCAAUUUAUGCAUAAGCCAACGGCAACACAUUGGACAGCUGCAAAACGAUUGCUUCGAUACUUGAAGCAUACAAUCUUUCAUGGGAUUCAUAUUCGAAGAAACAUAGCCUCCAAACUCAUCACAUACUAUGAUGUUGAUUGGGCAGGUAACUGUGACGAUCGAAAGUCUACUUCGGCAUAUAUAUGUUUUCUUGGUUCUAAUCUUAUUUCCUGGAGUUCAAAAAAACAAAGAGCUAUAGCCCGAUCAUCAAUUGAGGCUGAAUAUCGUGCACUUGCCAACGUUGCCUUCGAGACGUUAUAG